AUGCGUCCAUUCACUCUAGUUUUGUUCUAUUUUUCUCAAUCUUCCUUUUUAUUUCUUUUUGUUUAUUUCUAUUUCUUUCUCUCUCUCUCUCUCUCUCUCUCUCUUCCUUUCUCUUUUUUCUGUUUCUUUCGUUUCCUCUUUUUCUUUCUUUCUUUCUUUCUCUUUCUUUGUCUUUCAUUUCUGGCUUUCUAUUUCUUCUUCUCUAAACCUGUUUCUUUCUUACUAUUUCCAUUCUCUUUCUUUCUCUCACUUUAUUUUUCUUUGUCUUUCUUUCUGUUUUUCUUUUUUUUUUCUCAUUUUUUCUUUCCUCAUUUGUAUUUCUUCCCCUUUCUCUCUCUAUCUCUUUCUGUCUAUUUCUAUUUCUUUUUCUUUCGCUUCCUUUCUGUUUCUUUCUUUCUUCCUUUCACUUUCUUUUUCUUUCUUUCUGUUCCUUUCAUUCACCUUUGUUCUCUCUAUUUUUCUCUUUCUUUCUUUCUUUCUUCCUCUGUAUUUCUUCAUAUGGCUUUCGCUUAUUUAAUUCUAUUUCUUUCUUUUUCUUUCUUUCUUUCAUUUUCUUUUUCUUUCUUUCUUUUUUCUUUUUCUUUCCAUGUUUCUUUUUCUAAAUCACUUUCUUCUUUUUUCUUUCUCUCUUUUAUCUCUUUUUUUAUUCUUUUACAUUUUCUUCUGUUUCUUUUCUCUCUUUCUUUUUUCUUUCUUUCUUUCUUUCUUUCUUUCUCUCUCUCUCUCUCUCUCUCUCUCUCUCUCUCUAGCUGUCUUUUAACUUUGCUUUUUCGCUUUAUUUCUUUCUUAUUCUAUUUUCUUUGCAUUUCCUUACGCCCUUCUGUCUACCAUCUGUUCUAA